CAGCGGCGCGGUCUGAAGACUCGCUACUGGAUCCGUGUGGACGCGGCGGUUCAUCUCUCCUGCUGCUGAACACUGGCAGACUGGCACGUUUAUUGAGUUUUACACGGUCAGAUACUGGAGCUUCCACGGUAAAACCAGGGUAAAACGCGCGUUCUGUCACACUGAUUCACUGUAGCGCGUUUCCGACUCUCGGCGAUUCACUGUGGAAUCGGUUGAGCUGAACACAUAUGUGACUCCCACAACACUGGAUCUCUGGAUCUCCUGCACUGGAAGCGAUGGCAGACAGCGGGCGGGUGAAGCUCGACAGCCCGAGCUCAAGCCCCGCGCCCGGGCGGAAAAAGGCGCAGCAGUCGCCCGGCUCGAAGGCGCGGUACUCGGUUAACGCUCCCGGUCACUGCUUUCGGAAAGUCACGCUCACCAAACCGACCUUCUGCCAUCACUGCAGCGACUUCAUCUGGGGCAUCGUCGGGUUUGUUUGUGAAGUGUGUAACUUCAUGUCUCAUGAGAAGUGUAUGAAGCACAUCAGGACCGUGUGUUCAUGCAUGACUCCCACACAAGUUCGGGUUCCUGUCGCGCACUGCUUCGGUCCCGCUGGCCAGAAGAAGAGGUUCUGCUGCGUCUGCCGGAAACAUCUGGAAGGCAGUUCGUCACUGCGCUGUGAAGUGUGUGAGCUGCACGUCCACAGCGACUGCGCUCCGUUCAGCGUCAGCGACUGCAGGAUCUGCCAUCAGGAUGGAGGACAAGACAUUGACACGUACCAGCACCACUGGCGGGAGGGCAACAUGGGGUCCGGUGCCCGAUGUGAGCUGUGCCACCGUGUCUGCAGCUCUUCUGACGUUCUGGCGGGCAUCAGAUGCGAAUGGUGCGGCAUUACUGCUCAUGCAUCAUGCUGCGUCUCAUCAGAGUGUGUUUUUGGCCGGCUGCGCAACAUGAUUCUCCAGCCCGGCUGCGUGCGCAUCUGCUCCAGAAACUUCAGCAAAAUGCACUGCUACCGAAUCUCUGAGAGCUCCCAGCUCUCCGACAUGGAUAACCUGGACGAUGUGGACACUCAGAGUCCAGUGACGGCGAGAGACACUCAGUCCAGCAGCUCACCUGACACAGGUAAACAGACGCUGAAGGUUUUCGAUGGUGACGACGCAGCCAAGAGGAAUCAGUUCCGUUUGGUCUCCAUCCCUCGAAUCAUCAAGAAUGAGGACGUGGUGGAGUCUGCGCUCAGAGCCUUUUACAUCCCGGAUGAAGCCCAGGAUUACGAGCUGCAGAGUUACGGCCAGCAGGGUCUGUUCACCGAGGACAUUAUCAACCGUAACGGCACACCGGACAACAAAUCUGUCUUUAAAGACGCUGCGUCUGAUUCCUGGCUGCUCAGAGCUAAACCCAGAGACACAGAGGUGCUGAAGAUUUACCCCGGCUGGCUCAAGGUUGGAGUCUCCUAUAUCUCUGUCACUGCAGGCAGAGGCAGCACAGUAAACUCCAUCAUUACAGAAGCGCUCGCACAGCUGAGAAAACAGGAUGAAAAUCCUGAUGACUUUAACCUGGUAGAAGUGUUCAUGAGCAGCAAACAAGUUCAGCGGCAGGUUCUCAGCGGUCAGGAGCUUUUACUGGAUAAACUGCAGGAGAUACGGAAGACCUCUCUGCGACAGAUGAAUCAGACGCGGUUUUACCUGGAGGAGGUCAGGAAUCGUGUGGUGCAGGUCAGUCUGCUUCUGGGAGGAUUUCCAGCUGAUCUCAGCAAAGAGGAAUACACACAACUGCUGACCGAACACCUCGCUAUCAAAAGUCAUCUGGUGUCCAUCACUCAUGUUUAUGCAGGACAAGGUGCUGUGGUUCUGCAGAUCAGCUGUUUCUCUGAGGCCGAGCGGAUCUACAUGUUGGCCAAAGAUGUCAGUAUCAGCGGGAAACAGCUCUACUCGCUGGUCAUCCCGGAGAUCAUGCACCGCCGGCUGGAGAAGCGCAGUGUGCCGCUGCUGGUGUUUGUGAACCCAAAGAGCGGCGGGCUGAAGGGCAGAGAGAUCCUCUACAGCUUCCGGAAACUGCUGAACCCACAUCAGGUGUUUGAGCUGAGCAGCGGAGGACCACUAGCUGGGCUGCACACCUUCAGAGACGUCCCUCACUUCCGUAUCCUGGUGUGUGGUGGUGACGGGACGGUGGGCUGGGUUCUGGGUGUGUUGGAGUCCAUCCGCCACAAAAUCUGCUGUCCAGAGCCCGCCAUCAGCAUCAUCCCUUUAGGCACAGGGAAUGAUCUGGCUCGAGUGCUGCGCUGGGGUGCGGGGUACAGUGGUGAAGACCCCUAUAACAUCCUGCUGUCUGUGGACGAGGCUGAGGAGGUGCAGAUGGACCGCUGGACUAUUCUUCUGGACGCACAAGAGAUGACUGAAGACGGAAAAGAGAACGGCUUCCUGGAGCCGCCAAAGAUUGUGCAGAUGAAUAAUUACUUUGGUCUGGGGAUUGAUGCUGAGUUGAGUCUGGAUUUUCAUCACGCGCGCGAGGAGGAUCCGGACAAGUUCAACAGCCGGUUCCACAAUAAGGGUGUGUAUGUCAAGGUGGGUCUGCAGAAACUGAGUCACACACGAAACCUCCAUAAAGACAUCAGACUGCAGGUGGACAAGCUGGAGGUGGAGCUGCCCAACAUAGAGGGACUGAUCUUCCUCAACAUCCCCAGCUGGGGCUCUGGUGCUGAUCUCUGGGGUUCAGACAGUGACUCUCGUUUCGGACGGCCCAGGAUUGAUGAUGGGAUGCUGGAGGUUGUGGGAGUCACUGGUGUGGUGCACAUGGGUCAGGUUCAGAGUGGUCUGCGCUCCGGCAUCCGCAUCGCUCAGGGCAGCUACAUUCGCAUCACAGUGAGCAAAGCUCUGCCGGUGCAGGUGGACGGAGAACCCUGGAUCCAGUCGCCCGGACAGAUCAUCAUCUCAGCCGCAGGACCCAAGGUGUGCAUGCUGAGGAAGUCUAAAAGCAAGCAGAAGAAGCAGUCGGGCAGUUUAAAGGAGAGCCGUUCGGACAGUCCGGCUCCGAGUGACCCCUGAUCAUCAGCUCCGUCUUCUGCUUUAUAUGGUUUUUAGCCACAGUUUGUCUCAGUUUCUCUGAUCUAGAAUGUAUUAUUCACAUCUCCAGCACGAGGUAGUCUGUAGUGUGCAAACGCCUGUCAGCACUGCAAAAAAAAAUAGCUUUUUGUCUGGUUUCUAGUCCAAAUAUCUAAAAAUACUGACUUUAAGAAGCAUUUUCUGGAUAAGCUGAAAAUAUUGUCUGGUUUUCAGAAAUAAUGAGUCAAAAUUAAGUGUUUUUCAUUAAAACAAGCUAAAUAAUCUGACAAUGGGGGGAGAAAACUUAUCUUGUUUUUAGUUCUGACUUCUGCUUCCCCCAUUGGCAGAUUAUUUUGCUUGUUUUAAG